AUGGCAGAAAUUUUGAGUCCAUUUGUUUAUUGGGCACAAACAGAGGAUCAGUUAUCAUUGAAAGUUGACUUAAAAGAUGCAAGUAAUGCUGACAUUACCUUAGAAUCAGAGAAAUUAACAUUUUCUGCUGUGGGAAAAGGAGCAAAGGGAGAGCAUAAAUAUGCUUUUUCAUUAAACUUUUUUUCAAAAUUGAAUGCUAGUAAAAGUCAUUAUAGAGUAUUGGAUAGAGAAAUUGAAUUUUCUUUGAAAAAAGCUGAAUUUGGAUUUUGGCCUAGAUUAACAAGAUCACCUCAAAAGCCUGCUUGGCUAAAAGUUGAUUUUGACAAAUGGAAAGUUAAUGAUCCAGAUAUUGAUGAUGAUAAUAACAGAAAUGUUUUAGAUGAUUAUCCAGAAUUAUAUGAUAAGCUGCAAAAGGAAGAAAAAGGCUAUAAAAUAGAGGAAUUUAAAAAAGUAUAUUUAGUUGUUUACAAUUUAUUUCAAUUAGUCGGAUUUUUGUAUAUUCUAAUAGUGAUAGCUGUAAAAUAUUCAAAAAAUGGUUUUAAUUCAGUAUCAGAAACCUAUGAAAAUACUGGGACAAUUAUGAAAUUAUGUCAUCUGUUUAUGUGGCUUGAAGUCCUUCAUCCAGUUUUUGGUUAUACCAAAAGUUCAAUUUUAGCACCUUUUUUGCAGGUUGGUGGCAGAUGUGUAAUUUUAUUUCUCAUGAUAGAAGGUGAACCAAGAAUGCAAACAAAACCUGUUGUUUUCUAUCUUUUUAUCAUUUGGAGCCUUGUCGAAGUUGUUCGUUACAUAUAUUACAUAACGCACUUAAACAAAUUUAAGAUAAAUUUCCUUAAAUGGCUAAGAUAUACUGUGUGGAUCCCUUUGUAUCCACUCGGAAUAUGUUGCGAAGGUGUCAUUAUAUUAAGAAAUAUUCCCUACUUUGAAGAAACAUUUCGAUAUACUGUUUCUUUACCAAACUCAUGGAAUUUUACAUUUCAUUUUCCCACCGCAAUGAGAGUUUAUUUAUUACUUCUAUUUUUUCCUGCUAUGUACGUAGCAAUGUCACACAUGUAUAAAAUUCGAGUGAAAAAAUUAAAGUCGAAAAAUUGGAAGAGUAAAUAUUUUUAA